ACUUUUUGAUACUGCAUCGAUCUGCAUCCACUUCUCAAGUGCUGUCUCAAGAAAGCGAUGCAGCGUUCUAUGCUUUAUCGUACCUUCGUGCCGCCCGUGUUCCGUCAACGGACGUCUCCAACACCGGCCUGUGCGUCUUUUCGUCGUCCCGGCUUCUUCUCCACCGCGACUGGCUUUUUGGAAAGAAAUAUUACGUACGAUUCACCCAAAACUUUCAAUAUCCUUCCCGUCUUGAAGGGAUGUGACCUUGAUACUCGUAGUGAUGUCGUUCGAUGCGCCUUGUCCCGCACGCAACACGACGUUGAGCUUUUGAACGAACGUCUCGCUCACGUCCGUCUCGGUGGGGGGCCACAGGCCGUGCAGCGUCACGUCUCUCGUCAGAAACUCUUACCAAGGGAUCGAAUCGAAUGUAUUAUCGACCCCGGGACCCCGUUGCUCGAAUUGUCCGCACUUGCCGGCUUCCAGGACGACAUCCCAUCCGGUGGUAUUGUAACAGCGAUAGGGAUCGUCGCUUCACAGCCCGUCAUGUUUAUCGCCAACGAUGCGACCGUCAAAGGUGGCACCUACUUUCCCAUAACUGUCAAGAAACAUCUGAGGGCUCAAGAGAUUGCUUUGCAGAACGACCUACCCUGUAUCUAUUUGGUCGAUUCUGGUGGAGCCUAUUUGCCCCAGCAAGACCAAGUAUUUCCCGAUCGCGAUCAUUUUGGGCGCAUCUUUUAUCACCAAGCGACCUUGUCGAGCCGAAAUAUUCCACAAAUUGCUGUCGUCUGUGGAUCAUGUACUGCCGGUGGGGCCUACGUCCCUAGUAUGUCCGAUGAAACAAUUAUUGUGCAAGGCAAUGGCACAAUCUUUCUUGGUGGACCACCGUUGGUACAAGCAGCGACGGGAGAAGUCGUAUCGGCUGAGGAAUUAGGUGGCGCUCGAGUACAUACCACCGUCUCGGGGGUGGCCGACCAUUUGGCCGUAAACGAGCUCGAUGCUAUGCGAUUGGCGCGCGACGUCGUAGCAAGUUUGGGACGGGCACCUUCCGGUAUUACAAGCACCAAGACAACUUCGGAACACUUGCCACAGCACGAAGAACCCUUGUACGACCCCAAGGAACUCGGCGGGAUCGUUCCCGUUGAUUCCAAACAACCCAUGGACGUCCGUCUGAUUCUGGCGCGUAUCUUGGACGGUAGUCGAUUUCACGAAUUCAAAAAGAACUACGGGACGACCUUGGUGACCGGCUUUGGAAAACUUAUGGGUCAAGACGUCGGUGUGAUCGCCAACAACGGAAUUCUUUUCCCGGAAAGUGCCAUGAAAGGUGCACACUUUGUUGAGCUGUGUUGCCAACGCGGGAUUCCUAUUUUAUUUAUCCAAAAUAUUACAGGCUUUAUGAUCGGGCAAAAAUACGAACACGAAGGUAUCGCGAAACACGGGGCUAAACUGGUGACGGCUGUGGCGACGGCAGCCGUCCCCAAGAUAACGCUAGUGGUUGGUGGCUCGUACGGCGCCGGAAAUUACGGUAUGUGUGGGCGUGCCUUCAGUCCUCGGUUUCUCUAUAUGUGGCCCAACGCCAAGAUUGGUGUCAUGGGCGGCGAGCAAGCUGCCAACGUACUGGCCACUAUCCAACGAAACAACAUUCACGCACGGGGUGACCAAUGGAACGCGGAAGAAGAAGCAAGCUUCAAGCAACCCAUUUUGGACAAAUUUGAGAAAGAAAGCUCAGCGUACUACUCGACCUCGCAUCUGUGGGAUGAUGGCAUAAUUGAUCCGGCUGAUACACGAAUGGUACUCGGUAGCUCGUUGGCAAUAGCACGACGAGUUGGUUGCAACCCAAACGCUACCAAAUUUGGUGUCUUCCGAAUGUAACCCACACGUGUAUGCGCUAACAGUAAAGCAGCAGGGGAAGCGAAAGGACUGUGAAUUCAUUAGUAACAAAUAUGUAAAGUUAAAACGCAUCAUUCAGCACUGCCUCGUAUAACAAAGCUCCCUUUACGAAUAAUCUUAGAGUCCUUCGACAUUCUUGAUUGGAGCAACUAGGGAAGUCUUGUAAAGGAUACCGAUGAUAUAUAAGACCUUGUAGACGGCUCCAAUCAACAACAGAAUGCCCAAGUCAAAUACGGUACUGUUUUCGGUUGAUAAGACAGGAAAGAACCGUUCGAGAUCUCCGAGGACUUCGAUUCCAGACGUUGAGUUCACGCAUACAGCGGACACUCCUUGAUUUGUGCAGGCUUCAAAGGUCGAGGCGGAGAAUGUUUCGUAGAUGUUACUGCGUACGUAGUAGCUGUACGGCAUUAUGUAGUAGAAGAGUUCAAAAGGCCAGUACAAGUCAUCCAACGGAAUUAGGAAGCCACCAAACAAGAAAGAGGCAAACCAAAAAUUCAUAAACUGAAGCAUGCCUAGGAUAGGAUCUUCAAACCAAACCGAAAGCAUCUCCGCCAAGGAUUCAAAGACGAACAUGAGACAGGCGAACAACAAUACGCAGAUACCAAACGACUCUGCGGGAACAUCUUGAACCGCGUAGGAUGGAAUACCCAGUGAAAAAAUGGCAAAGACGAAAAAGAGCGGUAGAACAAGAAUGAAUUUGGCAAGUACAUAGCUGAUCCCUGUCACCAUUCCAUUUUUGGUCUCCCGGAGAAUCGACUUGAAUUCAUCAUUGAGGGCGUAGACAGCAACGACUCCCAUGUUUGAUGGAACACCAACGAACCAGAUGCUGACCCACAUUUUAUUGAUGGCUUGAUCCUGAGUGAAAUCACGAGCAUUCCAGUAGACAAUGGCAAAGAUCAGACAAGAUACGAAGAAGAUGAGACAUCGACCGAUGUAUCUUACAAAGUACAAAGAAGGAGGAAACAAACAAAUUAGUCAACCCCUAAAACCUUGCAAGCAACUUGUACCAUCAACAUUGUGAGUUUCUUACAAAAUAGGAUCGCGCACAAUCAGGGCUCCAUGGCGACGGAACAUAAUCAUAAGUUCCUUUCUCAAAGGGGCACGCUUCAUGUCUACAACCCCUUGCUGUUCUUCGUCGUCAAAUCCUUUCUUGUGGUGCGAAGAGUUUCCUCCGCCGGGUCGCUUUUCUUGCCACGUGUUGAGAAUGCCUGUAACAACGGACUCAUCGGAGAAAUCCGAGUUGACAAGAUCCAAAAAAAACUCCGCAGGAUUUGUUGCCGGAGGACACGGAUGGCCGAUGCUUUCGAAGUAAGGGAUCGCUUCGUUCACGUCUCCACUAAAGGCCUCGCGGCCUCGCGACAUGAGCAUGAGUUCAUCAAAACCUUGGUAUACUUUAGUGGAAGGCUGAUGGAUGGUGCAGAUAAUGAUAAGACGUUCUUCUUUGGCCACCCGGACAAUCUCUCUCAUAAUGUUAGAAGCUGACGCCGCAUCCAAACCAGACGUUGGCUCGUCCAGGAAAAGCAUUGUGGGCUGCUUCAGUAGAGCGAUUCCGAUGGAAAGGCGACGACGCUGUCCACCGGACAAACUUCCGUUGCGGGUAUUUUCGCAAACUUUCAGGCCCAUCUUGUCGAGAAUCUCGUCCACUACCAAAGCCAUUUCGGCACGAUUGACAGCAACAUCGUAGAGUUCGGCUGCGAACAUAAGUGUUUCACGACAGGUCAAGUACGGCCAAUGUUUAUCGUGUUGCUUGACAACAUAACAGUGUGAUUUGAAAAUCUUGUCAGUCAACGGAACGCCGUUGAGGGUAACCUUUCCAGUCGCUUCUCCAUACAAUCCUUCCAAGGUCAAGGCGGAAACGAGAGUCGUCUUACCAGCACCGGACGGUCCCAUAAUGGCGAGGACAUCUGUGGGGCACGCAUUGAUGGUUUGCGAACGGUACGUCGCGAAACGGGUGAGAAUCUAGAGAUUGUACGAGGAGGAGAAGUACUCCACAGAUAGACACUUACGACCCCAUUUCACUGUUCCAGACACAUCCGUGAGAAUACUCUUUUGCUUAUCUUUCUUGCCCACCACAAAAUUGACGUUUUUGAAGCGGAGCACAGAACUUUCCAUUCCCUGACUGUGUGUGGAGCGAUGAUUAGAAGUACCCAUCUUGCUGGUCGAGGGGUUCUCGAUGACGACACCGGUGCCAUCUUCUUCAGCGACAGGGUCAUCGUCGUGUUUUUGUUCCUCCUCGGCCGACAUGUUGGUUAUAAACUGCGCUGGAAUAUUGUGUUUGUGGUAUCUUUGUUUGGUCUGCUUCGAUACUUACAGUCAGGACUUGUCUCAAGCUU